AUGGCGGUCACACAGAGCGACCUCAGGACAUUCGCCUCUGCCCUCACGAAGGAACGUCAACCCGACUUCGACAUCAUCGUCAAGGACUUUCGGUGGUCAGUCCACAGCCAUGUCAUCUCCAGCCAUGGGUCUUUUCGGAAAAUCUGCAGGGACGCGCCCGAGAAUGGCAAGGGACGACACGAAGUGCACCUCGACGAUGACGAACCAGUCAUCAUCGCCCACCUGAUCCUCUGGCUGUACACCGAGGAAUACGACGAUGAGAACAUGUCCGAGAUCGCUGGGUUCGACGUCAAAAGUCUCCUCAAGCAUGGCAAGGUCUCUCCACCGUCUAUUGUUCACGCCCCCGACCGAGCAGGAUCUGGACCUGCAGCAGGAGUCAAUGGCGCUCGGGAGGAAACUGACAUUGAUUGCUGCGCGGAUGAGCUUCCUCCGAUAUCGCUGCACGCAAAGAUGUACCUCGUUGCCCACAAGUACGGGAUCACGGACCUGAGCGAGAAAGCAGUGUACGAGAUCACCGAAAUUCUUGGUGCCGUCAAGGAAGCAUUGUUGCCAUGUCUGGCACAUUUCUUUGUCACCGAUUCUUCUCCAGCUCUCGACCUGGAUUCCAUGAUGGUGGACGUGGACCACGGGAACAAAAGAAGCAUUCUUCCUCGUACCACUACAAACGGAGAAAAGGAGUUUGGCGCCACCACCACCAACACUCCUACUGCCACCACAGGUCUCAGCAGCAAAAACUGUUCCCCACCAGCAGCAAAAUACCGUCAUGCCAUCUCCGAACACCAAGACCCCGAGUUGUGGAAAGUCCUCGCCGAAACCACGAGCCAGCACUUCCUCAGUUAUCACACCGACCCACAAUUCCAGCGCAUCAUCACCUGUAAUCCACGAUUUCACUGGGCGGUGAUGAGCCGGGUCGCGGGAAUGUUGGAGGCAGCGCAGGACCAACUGGCCAAGAGCACUCUUGCCUCUGAAAAACCGCCGCCAAAGGUGACUAAGAAGAGAGGCAGGAAGAAGCAGGAGAAUGUUUCCACUGGUGGUACUACUACCCCGAGCAAUAGCUCUGAGCCUGCUGCUGCUGCUGCUGGCGAGGAGGAAGACAACAAGAACAAGGGGAAAGAAAGUGCCACGGCCGCUGGGGUGCACGCUCCGAAGAAGCUCAAGAAGGAUCAGUCAUGA